AUGAGCGACGAGAACAAGACCACUUCCCAGGGCGGUGCCCCCAUUCUUAACGACGCCGAACACCAGCAGGUCCACGCCCAGAUGGCCNNAGCGGCAAGGGCAAGGCCAAGGCUGUCGAAGAUAUGGACAUGGACGACGACAGCUCUUCUGAGGAAGAAGAACAGGUUGGUCACAUCACUUCUUUUCACACCAAGAACGUACGCUAAAUGGUAUUCACAGGCCGCUCCCGAGGAACACGAGGAGGGUGAAGAAGACAACAUGGAGGAGAUUGACGAGAGCAACAUCCUCUCCGGUGGCAGACGCACUCGCGGCAAGACUAUCGAUUUCGCCAAGGCUGCCGAAGGCCUCGACGACGACGAAGACGAGGACGAGGACGACGACUUCGAGGACCCCGAGGACAUGCAGCAGUAG